AUGUCAGCACAGGAAAACUACGACACAUCAGAGAUCCCACCAGUUGAUGAAGAGCAACCCAACGAAGAGGAGUUCAUUGACGUCAAUGAAGUUGGUGAAGAGGUCUACGAUGAUGAUCGUGCAGCUCAACCACACCCAGACGAUAUGGAAAUAAACGACGACGAAGGUGAACAUGAACAUGAGACAUUGGAAAUUGAUAUGUCAAACAACUCCUGGUCUUAUUUCGAUAAGCAUCAAGACAGCGUUUUUACCAUUUUUGCUCAUCCUAAGUUACCUAUGGUUUUAACUGGUGGUGGAGACAACGUUGCAUAUCUUUGGACCACUCAUUCUCAACCACCAAAAUUUGUGGGAGAAAUACAAGGUCACGGGGAGAGUGUUAUUUCAGGUGGUUUCACAAACGAUGGAAAGUAUCUAAUAACUGCAGAUAUGAACGGACUUGUGCAAGUAUUCAAAGCAAGCAAAGGAGGCGAAAAAUGGAAUAAAUUUGGCGAAUUGAACGAAGUAGGGGAAGUCUUGUUCAUCACCGUUCACCCUGCAUUAAACUACUUUGCUUUCGGAGCAAAUGAUGGUUCUAUAUGGGUAUACCAAAUUGAUGAAGAGACUAAACUGUUGGUCCAAAUAAUGUCGGGGUUCAGCCACACCUUGGAAUGUAAUGGAGCCGUUUUCAUUCCUGGUAAAGAUGAAAAUGACUUGACUUUGGUUUCGAUAUCUGAAGAUGGAACUGUGGUGAACUGGAAUUGUUUCACUGGUGCCGUCAACUACAAAUUACAACCGCAUGAUGAUUUCAAAGGAGUGGAAAGCCCUUGGGUCACAAUUAAACAUUAUGGACAUGUGAUUGCAGCUGGAGGAAGAGACGGACAACUUUCAAUUAUAAAUAACGACACUGGUAAAAUAUUGACAUCUGUCAAGACCUUGGACAAUGUGGAGGAUGUUGCUGAAUUGUCAAUUGAGGCAUUGUGCUGGUGCAAAAACAAAAAUAUCAACUUACUAGCAGUUGGUCUUGUAUCAGGUGAUGUAUUAUUAUUCGACACACAACAAUGGAGAUUGAGAAAGAACUUGAAGGUCGAUGAUGCAAUUACGAAGUUGGAGUUCAUUGACGAUACUCCAUUCUUGAUUGGAUCUUCAAUGAAUGGUAAAAUUUACAAGUGGGAUUCACGUACAGGAGAAGAAGCCUUUGUUGGUGUUGGUCAUAACAUGGGAAUUUUAGAUUUUGCGAUCUUGGAAAAUGGUAAGAAAGUGGCUACUGCAGGUGACGAGGGUGUUUCAUUAUUAUUUGUAACAGAUUAG